GCUUUUCAGAUCGGACGACUCAGAUAACACAAACAAAAUUAACUAUAAACAAUUUGGAACGUUGAUUAAAAAUUGGAGGGUCAUGAUGAGUAACUGCGUGAUUCAGAGUGACCGCAUCAAAUCAACAUCCCUAUUUAUUUUCUUCUUAUAUAGACUUUACUUUAGAGUGAGACUUAAUCACUUUUUUCUUAUCAAUAUUUAAUGUUUUGACAUUUUCCACUAGUUUAUAAUUGUCAAAGUUAUAAUUCUAUAAAGACAUUGUUCUUGUGUUAAAGCCUUAAAAGGCAUUCUCCAAUAAGUCCUUUAAUCCUUUUCAUGCAAAAUGCAAAAAGUUCAUCCUUUACAAAGGUUAUAGCAGAAGAACACUACUACUAGUUCUAGUAGUGAGAAACUUGAAAGAAGAGUCUUCAAAGAGAAGCUUCAUUUGGUCAAAAGAGUAACUAUAGUCUUUUCUUCACAUUCUUGAUCAUGUGCAAUAGACAUUAAGCAUAAGCUGAAGAUUAUCACUUUGAGGUUAGUUCCAGGAAGGAAACUUUGCUUUUCUGAAAUGUAUAAGGGACUUGUGAAAGUGAAUUGUGAAGUAUUAGAAUCUGUUUAGUACUAGUUUGGACUUCGGAUUUUGGAGCCUUUUUCUGCUGUGAAGUUUAUAGAUAUAGGACUUGAAAGGAGUGGAGAAAGUAAAAUGAUGGGACUUAGAUUUACUUCAAGGCAUAAACGUUCAAACAGUCUUCCUGAUAAGAAAAGAGUUGAAGGAGAAAAUCAAGAUAAUCAAGUUGAGGCCUUUGACAGAAUGAAGAUGGAUAUGGACUACAUCACUGAAUUUGCUAUAGCAAAGAAUAAGUCAACAACCCCUACAAGUGAAGUCCAUAGUGCUAUGAAGCAAGAGAUUCAACAACUAGAGAGAAGAUUACAAGACCAAUUUGAGGUUAGAUGUACAUUAGAAAAAGCACUUGGAUACAAAUCUUCAUCACUUGUUGUCCAUUCAAAUGAAAAAAUGAUUCCUAAGCCAGCAACUGAAUUAAUCAAGGAGAUUGCAGUGUUAGAGUUAGAAGUUGUGUAUUUAGAACAACAUCUUUUAUCCUUGUAUCGUAAAGCUUUCGAUCAACGAUUACCUUCGGUGUCUCCAUCUAUCAAGGAAGAAACUGUAAAACUUUCUCCAACAACACCUCAAACACCAUUUGUCAAACCUUCUAUGCCUGAGGUCUUAACCAAAAAUGACCAUGAACUUGAGACUUUGGAGAAAGAAAAGCACUUAGAUUCUCGUGUGUAUCGUUCUCAUUCAUCAUUGUCACAGUGUGCAUUGUUUACAAGAGCAUCUCCUCAUGAAGAUUCUUUAGAUAAAUCAUUGCGUGCCUGUCAUUCGCAGCCACUGUCCAUGAUGGAGUAUGUCGAAAGCUCUUCAUCAAAUCUAAUCAGUCUUGCUGAACAUCUCGGUACGCGAAUAUACGAUCAUGUUCCGGUGGAACCUAACAAACUUUCUGAAGAUAUGGUCAAAUGCAUAUCAGCAUUAUAUUGCAAACUUGCAGACCCUCCUAUGAUACAUCCCGGCCUUUCAUCUCCUAGUUCAUCGUUGUCCUCAGUGAGCGCCUUUUCUAUUGGUGAUCAAGGCGAUAUGUGGAGUCCAAGGUUCAAGAAUAAUAACUCAUCUUUUGAUGUAAGGUUAGAAAAUCCUUUCCACGUUGAAGGACUCAAGGAGUUUAGUGGACCAUACAGCACCAUGGUUGAAAUAUCAUGGAUUUAUAAAGAGAAUCAGAAAUCAGGUGAUACAAAAAAGUUGCUUCAAAAUUACAAGUCACUUAUAUCGCGAUUAGAAGAAGUAGAUCCGGGGAAGCUUGAACACGAAGAGAAGCUAGCUUUCUGGAUCAACAUACACAAUGCUUUGGUGAUGCAUGCAUUUUUGGCUUAUGGCAUUCCACAAAACAAUAUGAAAAGAGUAUUUCUUCUUCUAAAGGCUGCAUAUAAAGUUGGAGGUUAUACAGUUAGUGCAGACACAAUACAAAAUACUAUACUUAGGUGUCGAAUGUCUCGCCCCGGACAGUGGCUACGUUUGUUAUUUUCUUCAAAGACAAAAUUCAAAACCGGAGACGGACGACAAGCAUAUGCAUUGAAUCGUCUUGAGCCUCUUUCACACUUUGCUCUUUGUUCAGGAAACCAUUCUGAUCCCGCGGUACGAGUAUAUACACCAAAGAGGGUGUUUGAAGAUCUAGAAGUAGCGAAAGAUGAGUACAUUCGAGCUACAUUAGGCGUACGAAAGGACCAAAAAAUACUUCUACCAAAGCUCGUUGAAUCAUUCGCAAAGGACUCCGAUUUGUGUCCGAGUGGUGUUAUGGAGAUGAUCUUAGAAUCUCUACCUGAAUCACUAAGGAAAAGAGUUAAGAAAUGUGAGCUUGAAAAAUCUAAGAAGUGCAUAGAAUGGAUUCCACAUAGCUUUAAUUUUAGAUAUCUCAUAUCUAAGGAUGUUCUAAAAUGAUAUUUAGUAGUGUUACUUCUUAAUGAGGAAAUGAUUUUACAUUGUUUUUUCUCUAUGUAAUUCUUUUGUAUAAAAGUAGAUUGAAGUUGUAAGAUUGUGUUAUGAAAUGAGUAAAUAAUUUUCUGGUAUAUCAAUUGACAACAAAGAAUGUGCACACAUGUAAUAUGUUUUGUGAUAGUUUAAUGUUCAAUGUUUAUGCUAGUUUAAACUUUAAA